AUGAAAUUCUUUAUCUCACGGAUGGGUUGGGUCGCCACAGUGGUGGUGGGUGUGCCUAUCAUGGGGGUCGGGGGCUUGGGGAUGUACGUGAAGUACCGACAACAAACAAAGCCUGCCAGACACGUUUUCAAGUCAUUAGUAGACCAUAGAGGCAACUUGAUUUUGGAGGGCAAGAUAGUUAUGCGUCCUAAUGCCUUUUCCAUUUGCUGCCGUGUAGCAUAUCUUAGCCUCAUUUUUGUUCCCCUGGCGAUUCUCUACAUUUUCAUGUCGUUACGCGAUAGUUGGUAUAAGGUGUGGAUUAACCUACUACUCCGGGGUGUUCAACAUGGUGGUCCGGUCUUCGUGAAAAUAGGCCAGUGGGCUUGCACCCGGGAGGAUCUCUUUUCUCGAGAUUUCCGUCAGAUCUUCAAGCGCUUAUACAAUGAGGUCGAUCUGCACCCCUUUUCUGAGACACUUAAGAUUCUAGAGGAAGAACUCGGCACCGAUCCUUCGAAUGUCUUUGAUUUUAUUGAUGACAAAACUCUUGGAUCAGGCUCUAUUGGGCAGGUUCACCUCGCGAAGCUCAAGAAUAAGGACACUCGUGUCGUCGUUAAAGUGAUGCAUCCAAACAUCAUAGAGACAAUUGUCCGCGAUUUUGUUAUUUUGAAUCACAUAGCAGCCCUGAUGCACCGCUACUUGUCAUUUGUAGAACACUACAACACUCCGGAGUUAGCUCACAACUUCGCAAACCACCUUGCGGCUCAGCUCGACUUCCGUAUCGAGGCCGAUAACUUGGUGCAAUUUCGCUCCAAUUUUCGCAAUGAGCGCUAUGUUGAGUUCCCAGAGCCACUCAUGUCGACGCAACGGAUGCUCGUAGAGACGUUUUGCGAAGGUGUGCCUGCUGAUCCGGAUUUUAUGGCGUCGCUUCCCCCGCAUGCCCGCGACGUGCUUGCGGGUAAAGGCCUCAACACCUGGUGCAAGAUGCUCCUGCGCGAUAACUUCAUCCAUGGAGAUAUGCACCCAGGCAACAUACUCAUCCAGUGUGAGAAUUAUCAUGAACCGAGUAUAACCCUUAUCGACGUCGGGCUUUGCCAGCAGCUGACGGAGCAUGAGGCGGCCAUAUCGGAAAAUCUUAUAGAGGCGUUCGUGCGGUGGAACUCUGAAAUGUGCGCAGCUAGUCUCUGGAAUAUGUCAGAACGCCAAGAAUACGCUAGUCGUGAUCGCUUUAAGGCUGACAUCGAUCAAGUUUUCAAGUAUUGCCGCGGCUUUCGGAAUGACGGAGGUGCAAUCACAAAAACUUUACAAUCCGUGUUCGAUAGUAUUCGCUCUAACCGUGUCCAGAUGGAUCCCCCGUAUGUGUCGUUGCUUUUCUCUGUUUUAGUAUUAGAGUCGUUCCUGAUGAGUUUAAAUCCGGAAUUCAACAUCGUACGCCACACCGCCCCCUGGUUGGUGAGUGAGGGACACGUCUCCAAGGGGAUCAUCAAGAAUUUAUUGAAGACCCAGCGCGAUAGGAUUAAACGAGAGUAUGAGAUUUUUUCUGGUCACGUGCGGGAUAUGUUGGGUUUCAAAAUCGCAGCCAACUCACAAAUAUGA